UGUCGUAGCUCCUUCUCCUGAACUUGGUCGUACUGAGAUUGUUUCCUAUGCGCGGUCAGUUUCUUGCCUUUUCCUGUAUUACCUCAAGCGUUCGACUUAACGCCUGCUUAUAUUUGUCAAUGACUCUUGCACACCCGUUUUAACUGCUUCUUAGCCCUAGAAGUGAGGAAGUGCCCCCAGAAACUGCAACACAGCGAUCCCCACAGUACCUUCCCUCCUGUUAACUUACUUACUAGCUUUACGUGUCUCUUUCUUUCCUUCCUGAGCAUCUCUGUAUCAGGGAACUUGCUUCGGACACUACAGAUGCUACUGUGCAGAACAAGACCAUUAGUUCGCAGAAAGCGAAGCCGAAGAAACCAUCUGCUAAGAAGAAGAAAACUGGAAGUCCAAGUGUUGCGCGUCGUCCUGCAGUUACUCUUGCAAAAACCGAUGUUCCAAUAUCGUCCCUUGAGAUCCCUACUGGACAUCCUUUGCCAACCGAAUCGGCGAAUCCUGACUCUGGAAAUCUUAAUGGCCUCGGUGUCAAUUUGCAGACAACAACACUUCAGC